AGCGUUGGUUCUAGUCGGAGGGCGGUCGAGGGCCGCGUGAGAACUGCCGGGGUGAGUGGCCUUGGUGUGCGCGUGCCCAGAGUCGGGGUGCAGCUCCUCUCCGCCCGGCUUCUCCUCCCACUCACUCUCUCCCAUCUCCUCCCUCCUCAACACCCCCCGCCCCCGGGACCGCGAGGCUCCCUCCCGCACGGCCAGAGAGUACACAAAGCGGCGGGUGAGGGGAAGCUUCGCAGGCGUGCACCAAGCAGUGAGAUCACUGGCGUUAUAAAUAUCCCCUUGCCAGCGCCGAGAUCCGUACGGGUGGCCUCUCUCUCCCCCCACCUCUCCCUCUCUCUUCCCCGAGGCUAUGUCCACCCAGUGCGGCGAGGGGGGCAGCGCCAGAGCCACGCAGCCGCGCAGGGGCUACAGAGCCCAGAGCCGGCCCUACAAGAUGCACUUGGGACGCCGGCGGCUGGAAGAAUGAGCUUGUCCUUCCUCCUCCUCCUCUUCCUCAGCCACCUGAUCCUCAGCGCCUGGGUUCACGGGGAGAAGCGCCUAGCCCCCAAAGGGCAACCCAGACCCGCUGCCACUGAUAGGAGGAACCUGAGGGGCGCCAGCGGCAGCCGGAGCAGCACGACGACGUCUUCCUCCUCUUCCUCUGCUUCCUCUUCCCCAGCGGCUUCUCCCGGCAGCCAAGGCAGCGGUCUGGAACACAGCCCUUUCCAGUGGAGCCCCUCGGGGCGCCGGACCGGCAGCCUCUAUUGCAGAGUGGGCAUUGGUUUCCAUCUGCAGAUCUACCCGGAUGGCAAAGUCAACGGCUCCCACGAAGCCAAUAUGUUAAGUAUUUUGGAAAUAUUUGCUGUGUCUCAGGGGAUUGUAGGAAUACGAGGAGUUUUCAGCAACAAAUUUUUAGCGAUGUCCAAAAAAGGAAAACUCCAUGCAAGUGCCAAAUUUACAGAUGACUGCAAGUUCAGGGAGCGAUUUCAAGAAAACAGCUACAAUACCUAUGCAUCAGCAAUAUACAGAACUGAGAAAACAGGCCGGGAGUGGUAUGUGGCCCUGAACAAAAGAGGGAAAGCUAAGCGAGGCUGCAGCCCCCGAGUUAAGCCCCAGCACAUCUCUACCCACUUUCUGCCGAGAUUCAAGCACUUGGAGCAGCCAGAACUUUCUUUCACAGUUACUGUUCCUGAGAAGAAAAAGCCACCUAAUCCGAUCAAGCCAAAGGUUCCCCUUUCCACACCUCGGAAAAGUCCCAACACAGUGAAAUACAGACUCAAGUUUCGCUUUGGAUAAUAUAUCUUGACCUUGUGAGAAACCACACUUCCUCCUCAGGAGUUUCUACAGGUGUCUUUAUACAGCUUUGAAGAAAAGUGUUUGGAUACAGCUUCAGCUAUACUGCACCGUAUUGAAGUCAGGUCAUUUGUUUCAGUGUGACUGAAACAAAAAUGUUUUCUAAUAGGAAAUGAACUGGAACUCUUUGUACCAAUAUAGGGACUACAGUGUUUCUGUCAGUAAAACAUAAAGCCUUUUGCUUUAUGCUUAGUACACACUCUGUAUUUUCAGAAAGUUAAACAGUGUGUAUUGUAUUUUUCUGACUGUUACAGAUCAACCUGAAAGAACAUACAUAAUACAUUUUUACUUUUGGUUUCCAAAGAAUAUUUUG